AUGGACCCGAACCCCCCGUUCACCCCCAUUAAUCACCACCCUACCGACAUAUUUGACGAGGGCGACAGCACUAGCACAUUGGUUCAGCCGCUUCCACCCCCAACAAGGACCACGGCCCAUCCACACCGCGGAUACUACAUAGAUGAUCUCGAUCGUCGUCUUGAACAGGACUUCUCGUCCUCCCCCUUCAGCUCUAGCCCGGGCUUCUCCCGGUACGGCUCUCAAUUUGGCCCGCGCUAUCGCGCCUUUCAAGAAACGCGUGACGAUCUGCGUAGCGCGCACUCCGACCUGCAGAACAACUUUGCUCGGGUACAAGCGGAGCUGGAGGCUGAACGAGCCAUUCGUUCCGCGCUUGCACAAGCGUUGGCCAACAGCGCGGGCAACGCAGCCGGGCCGCCCGGAGGCAAUGUCGCCCGAUCGCGCCCGAAGAAAACUGACUACCCCAACAUCCACUACUGGUUCCAUCACGAGUAUCUUGCGCAGGAGAGGGCCAAGCGUCAAGCCAGGACCAUCACCGAUCCUGCUCAAGAUCUCACUGAAGACAUCGACGACGGCACCCCGAAGCCCGGAAAGCGAGGUCCUACUCGUGCAGCACAUGGCUACAACGACACCUUCCAGUGGCUUGAAGACGAAACUGGAAAGCCCGUGAGUGGAGCUUACUGUACCCUUAUUCGAGCCCGUUCUCGCGCGAUCUGGGAACGUCUGCUUGAGGACAGCCGUGCGCCUGCAAAAUGGGGUCGCGCUCCAACGGAUGUCCGCACGGAGUACAUCGAGGAGAUGGAGGGGGCGUUUCCAGAGCUGGGAUACUGCGAGGCUCACUAUAAAGCCAUCCUUGUCACGACGAUGGGGUAUCCCGCGUUCAUCAGGGGACGCAAGGCGGCCCUUGCCAACGGCAGCAAUGGCGGCGGCGGUGGCGACAAUGACGGUGAUCAUCCCGGCUCGCGCGCUGGUGUGAAGAGGCGUUCUCCUGCAGGCCUUUCGACAACCUCGCACAAGAAGGUCCGGAACUCUCCUCCAUCGCCGUCGCCUCCUUCUACGCCCACCUCAUCGUCGCUCAUGUUACCAGAUGAAGUUUCCGAUCUCAUGGGGAACGGCUAUACACUCAGUACCCCGCCAUCGCCUGUGAUUGGUAAUGAAGAUGGUUCCCCGCCCACGACGACGCUCCCCACCCACGCCAACCCAACUGACCGCCCGCGAGUCCAAAUUCGAAAUGCGUUUACCAACUAUCUAGAGCAGCAGGCUCUUGCUGCCGCAUCGCAGAAGUCCGCGCUCCCGGAAUCCCAAGUACCCACUGUUUCCCAUUCUGAUGCUGUCGGGAGCAUGGAGCCAGCCUCCGCCUCCGCGACAUCCACUCCUUCCUCACCGGUUCAGAGCCCUGGGUCCACGGAUAUGGAUGUCACAAUUGCGCCCACGCAAGAUGGCCGAGCCCCCCUCCAUCUUCUCGCUGCUGCUGUCGGUGAAGUUGCCUCUGGUCACCCCUCAACUCCUCCCCCUCUUGAGAGUUCCCCCACUGUGCCGGUGGCUGCCAUGUCGACAGCGCCAGUGCAAGGACCCGAAUUGCCUGCGGACACGGCGGAUGCUAACUCCACGACACUUCUCGGCCAGAAGAAGCCGAAGCCACAGCCGAAACGCUUCGCCGUCAAAGACGGUUGUAUGACUGUGCGGAGCAUCUGCGGCAGGCACUGGCUGAAGGACCAUCCCGACGGCAGUGUCCCGGAAUUCAACAAACACUGGAAGGUGGUCAAGACGACGCCAAACCUCGUCAAGCAGUAUGAGGAAGAGCGGCAAGCCUACCUCAACAUCAAGGCAAAGUAA